CUAUUUCCUCCCAUUUUAAAGAAAAUGGCGGAUCACGUGAUCAUGGCAAAUGAGAACAGUCAAACCCAGGUGUUGUCUCUUUCUAACAGAACUCGAUCAUGGGGGCGGGCCAAGGAGAGAUGGUUCUUUUUCUUUUUUCUUUUUUCCUCUCAAGUCGAUUUUCUUGUUUUCUGACCCCCCAAGUCUUUUAUUCUCUCCUUUGCACGGUUCCUCGAUGGUAUUUCUUGGGUCGUUGCUUUAGGGAGAGGGGGCAACGGGUGAAAUUUGGGGAUGGGCGCCCAGUAGCAGUCAAUUGAAAUCAUUAGAUUCCAUUUCACUACCUAUCCAUUCUUGCCAGUGGACGUCGUG